CUGCGCAGCGGGCAGGCAGGCUGCUAGCUGCGGAGGCAACCGCUGGUGGCCGCGAGGGUGCCAGCCUGCGCGGGGUGGCACAGCCGGCGGGGAGCGGUGGGGUGGGGCGGCCCGGGGAGGGCUAGCAGGGAGCAUGGCGGGGCUGCAGGCCUGGCGGGGCCCGAGUCCCGGGCUGCUGGCGCUGUCCACGCUCAGCUUCUGCCUGCUGCUGCAUGUCAGUGCCAAGAGGCCCCCCAAGACGCCCCCCUGCCCGCCCAGCUGCUCCUGCACCAGGGACACCGCCUUCUGCGUGGACUCUAAGGCAGUGCCCAGGAACCUGCCCUCGGAGGUCAUCUCCUUGACCCUGGUGAAUGCUGCCUUCUCAGAGAUUCAGGAUGGAGCCUUCUCUCACCUGCCGCUGCUGCAGUUCUUGUUACUCAACUCCAACAAGUUUACGCUGAUUGGAGACAAUGCCUUCAUGGGACUGUCGCACCUGCAGUACCUCUUCAUUGAGAACAAUGACAUCUGGACACUAUCCAAGUUUACCUUCAGAGGACUCAAGUCCUUGACACACCUCUCACUGGCCAACAAUAACCUGCAGACACUGCCCAGAGACAUCUUUCGACCCCUGGACAUCCUGAGUGACCUAGACCUGCGGGGGAAUGCGCUCAACUGCGACUGCAAGGUGAAGUGGCUGGUGGAGUGGCUGUCGCACACCAACACCACUGUGGCCCCCAUCUACUGUGCCAGCCCACCCCGCUUCCAGGAACACAAGGUGCAGGACCUGCCACUGCGGGAGUUUGACUGCAUCACCACAGAUUUUGUGCUGUACCAGACCCUGUCCUUCCCAGCUGUGUCGGCUGAGCCCUUCCUUUACUCCAGUGACCUCUAUGUGGCGCUGGCCCAGCCAGGUGCCAGUGCCUGCACUGUCCUUAAGUGGGACUACGUCGAACGGCAGCUUCGAGACUAUGAUAGAAUCCCAGCCCCUUCGGCAGUGCACUGCAAGCCGAUGGUGGUGGACAGCCAGCUGUACGUGGUCGUGGCCCAGCUCUUUGGCGGCUCUUACAUUUACCACUGGGAUCCCAACACCACGCGCUUCACCAAGCUGCAGGACAUCGAUCCCCAGCGUGUGCGCAAGCCCAAUGAUCUAGAGGCCUUCCGCAUCGAUGGUGACUGGUACUUUGCUGUGGCUGACAGCUCCAAGGCAGGUGCCACCAGCCUCUACCGCUGGCACCAGAAUGGCUUCUACUCCCACCAGGCCCUGCACGCCUGGCACCGUGACACUGAUCUGGAGUUUGUGGAUGGUGAGGGCAAGCCACGGCUGAUCGUGUCCAGCAGCUCCCAGGCACCCGUCAUCUAUCAGUGGAGUCGCACCCAGAAGCAGUUUGUGGCCCAGGGUGAGGUGACCCAGGUGCCUGAUGCCCAGGCUGUGAAACACUUUCGUGCCGGCCGUGACAGCUACUUAUGCCUCAGCCGCUACAUCGGUGACUCCAAGAUCCUACGCUGGGAGGGCACCCGCUUCUCUGAGGUGCAGGCCCUGCCCUCCCGAGGUUCACUGGCCCUGCAGCCCUUCCUGGUGGGUGGCCGCCGCUACCUGGCGCUGGGCAGUGACUUCUCCUUCACCCAGAUCUACCAGUGGGACGAGGGGCGACAGAAAUUUGUGCGGUUCCAGGAGCUGGCUGUGCAGGCUCCUCGGGCCUUCUGCUACAUGCCUGCUGGGGAUGCCCAGCUGCUCCUGGCCCCCAGCUUCAAGGGACAGACACUGGUGUACCGACAUGUAGUGGUGGAUCUCAGUGCCUAAAGGGGUGCCGAGGCCUUUGGGUUCCUCAGAGCGGUCUCUGGAGGCUAGGUGGGAGCUUCCGUGAGCAGCCUGUGUACCCGUGUGAAGACACAUGUAGCCAACCUGCAUUUGUGCCCUUACAUAUACACACACAUCCGCUGAGCAUGGGUACACUCCGUGGAUUUGCAAAGGGGAGCUGUUCACCAUUACUGUAAUCGGCAUAGACACUCGUAUAUGCACCAGGCACCCCAGGCACCCCAGGCCCAGUUCCCUCCUGUCCACAGGCCACCUUUCGCCCCCCACCCCAUCCGGAGGCCCCCCUCUCUCUGCUGCCUUCUCUCUUGCAUAUUAGAGGUGCAGGUUGAGGUGCUGCGGGGGAGGAGGACUGUACCCUCCUGGUCACUUGCUCCUCCUUGUGACCCCCUGGGCUUACGUGUUGGUGCUCCAGGUGUGUGUUUACCUGCUCACGCUCCGCUGUAUUGCAGCCAUGGCCAUCCCUGCUCCCUCCUUCCAUGGACGCAGAUGGACACACUCAGCUGCACACUCACACACACCUGUCUAUACUCCCGUGGCCACAGCUAAACACAUCAAAGCGUGUGUGUGCACAUGCAGAUCCAGCCCUGCCUAAAGGGGCUCCCUUCUGUUACCUUGGAGGGGCCCACGGUACCUGUUCCUCCUCUGCUCACCUGCAGUGUGCCCACCUGCGGCUGAAAGAUGAGUGCCAGCUUGCUCUGCUGGUGGAGGCCCCUCUGCCCCGAAGCAAUAACACACCGCCACACCCUGGGUUUUUUCUAGUGCUGUCUGUCUCUGUUCUCACCGGAGUUUCCUUCUGUGAUCCUGUAUCCCAGCUUGCCCAUGGUCAGGAGGCCACCCAGAUAAGAAGCCUUUCUGCUUUUCUUUCUGUAGCUGUUGCUUCCUCGGGCUCCAACUGUCCUGUUUCCCCCCAUGUUUGGGAUGAGGACCCUGAGCUGUGCUUUCUCCUUGGGUGGGUAUGUAGCUGAGCCAGGGCACCUACCUGCAAGUCCGCAAGCCGCCUGUGAGGGAGCUUGGCUGGAGAGCAUGUGGAGGCCCUGGCACCCCUCCAAUCCACAGAGGCAUCUCCAGGAGCCUUUCAUUGAAGGCUGAGUGGUGAGCUGAGGAAGGAGCAUCAAGAGCCAAGCCUCUGCUGCCCUCUGCUGGAGGCUGGGAAUAGACAGCUCUGAGAUGCCAGGCUGCUGGAGGGGUGGGCAGGGGUGGCUCUUGCCUGGGCCUAGUUGUGUGAGGGCUCCUUGUAGCAGGAUGCCCAGGGGCACUUGGGGGUAAUGCUGUGAUUCACCUGCUUCUAAUAAAAAGUUCCCACCCCA